UGUUGCCGACUAUAAUCAUGUAACUCUAACGAUCGGAGCUAUCGGUCGAUAUAAGUUGUGUGCGAAUCUAAUAAAACAUGGUAAAAGUUCCGACAAUCACGCUCAGCAAUGGAAAAACUGUACCACAACUUGGAUUAGGUACUUGGAAGUCGAAGCCAGGCGAGGUUGUGCAAGCAGUGAAAGAUGCCAUAGACAUAGGAUACAGGCACAUUGACUGUGCAUAUGUCUACGGAAACGAACCCGAGGUUGGAGAAGCCAUCAAUGCCAAGAUUUCUGAGGGGGUUGUUAAGAGGGAGGAUCUGUUCAUCACAUCCAAGCUGUGGAACACCUUCCACCGUCCGGACCUGGUCAAAGGAGCCCUGCUGAAAACUCUACAGAACCUCAACGUGAAAUAUUUGGACUUGUACUUAAUCCACUGGCCGCAGGCAUAUAAGGAAGAAGGGCAACUGUUCCCGGCGGACGCGGACGGCAAGAUCCAGUUCUCGGACGUGGACUACGUGGACACGUGGAAGGCGCUGGAGCCACUGGUGGGCGAAGGCCUCAUCAAGAGCAUCGGCAUCUCCAACUUCAACUCCAAGCAGGUGGAGCGGUUGCUGAAGAGUGCAACCGUCAAACCCGUCGUCAACCAGGUGGAGUGCCACCCGUACCUCAACCAGAAACGGCUGCUAGAGUUCUGCGAGGCGCGCGGCAUCCGACUGACCGCGUACUCCCCGCUGGGCUCGCCCGACCGCCCGUGGGCCCGGCCCGGGGACCCGCUGCUGAUGGAAGACCCCAAGCUGAAGGCCAUCGCAGAACGCCUGGACAAGACCGUCGCACAAGUCCUCAUCAGGUAUCAGAUCGACCGCGGCAUCAUCGUGAUUCCCAAGUCCGUGACCAGGUCCAGGAUCCAGAGCAACUUCCAGGUGCUCGACUUCAAGCUCUCCGCUGAGGAUGUGCAGCUCAUCGACAGCUUCGACUGCAACGGCCGCCUCGUGCCGAUGACCGCGUCGCUGGGUCACAAAUACCAUCCGUUUGAAAACGAAGAAUUUUAAAUACUCAUUUAAAAUACUAAAUUCUGGAGCUGGGGUCGUCAUUCCAGAAACUUCGCUCCCCAUCAUUCAUCAGUUCUAAGAGAUUCUAUCGUCUUAAGACUACGGAUUUGAUCGCGUAGAUAUACUCUGAGCAUAGCUCUCUCAAAUACCUUAAAAUAACUUUUUUUUUAUGUCCGACAUGUCAACAUUUAAGACGUGACGGACAUCAAAAUAUGAAUGGUUUAUAUAAUAUGCCUUAUUUACCUACUUGUUAUAAUAGUACAAAGAUGGUUCUAAUAUAUUGUUACUGAUACUGAUAAGAUAAAAAAUGUUAUCUUAAACCUA